AUGGCCCUCAAGCCUGCGAAGAAGAUAGACAAGAAAGAAAAGAAGACCAAGAAAGUGAAAAAAGAAGUGAAAGAGAAGAAGGAGGGCAAAGGCUCAGCACGUCCUGCUUCUCGCAGGCUCUUCUUGAAGACCUCCCCGCGCAGCGCAAAGCGCAAGCCCCUGACGACCGACCCCAAGCCCGAGAAGGAAGAGCCGAAGAAACAAGAGCCCAAAGCCCCAAAGCCCCCCAAGCUUCCCAAGCAGGCCCCCGAACACACCAGGGAGCCCAAGUCGACGGAGGCCAGUGGCCAGGACAGCCGGCAGAGUGAAAGGAGUGCUCCCAAAGGAAAGGAAGCCCCUGCCGUUUCCCCAAAGGAACUGAAAGAGCAGAAGAAGCAAGCGAAGAAAGCAAGCGCCAAAGCCGAAAAGAAACAGAAGAAGAAAGAGAAGCGAGAGAGAAAAACCAAGGACGAAGGGGAGGAAAACUCCCACAAGCAGGACCCUCUGACCGAGGGCGAGGACGGCAAGACAGAGGUUGCGGGAAGUGAAACGCCGGGCCCGCAGACGAACCUGCUGGAGCGGUUCAACACCGAGGACAGCGAAGUCAACCAGGAGUAUCUUGAAAGUCUUCUACAGACGCUGGACGAGAGCCCAGUAGAAGUCAGUGGGAGCGACGACGAGGAAAGCUCGGGGGCCGACUCGGAAGAAGGAGAAGAAGGCGAGAGUGACGCCAGUGAAGAGUCCUCAGAAGAGGCCUCGUGCAAGCGCGCGAGCGACAACGAGAGCGACGACGACGAGGCAAACAGCCCCACCGGAUCCUCCUCUUCCGAUAACGAGGAGGAGGAAGACGAAGCGGAGGAGGAGCGAUCAGAUGGAACCAGCAAGGCUGCUGGCCACGGCGCAAUCGUGCCAGUCAACCCGGCAGAGCCGGAUGCGGCGCAGCGAGGCACCAGUUUGGCUUUGGUAGCAGUGGGGGCUGAAGGCUCAACCGUCGGCACGGCCAACAGUGUCGUGGCUGCACGCACAACGAACAAGCGCGAGUGGGACACGUUUACGAGGCAGUGCCAGAACCGGAAAUUGUUUCCGAUCGAGCUGGCAGACUACUACGAGAAGUCAAAGACAGACAUGUUCAACUUGGUGAAAGUGAAUGUGGAGCGCAUUCGAGAAAAGAAGACCACGGCAAGAGCCGGAGCUCUUGCCAUGAAGAAGAGGGACAUCGUGAAGACCUACCCCGAGAGAGGAGAGGAGCUUUGCAAGAAGCUCCGGGCGUCAGGGCGGUAUUAUCGUGACGAGGAGUUCCCGAGCGACAGUGAAGAGAUUUUCUACUAUGUGCGGCAGCCCAGGAAGGUCAACGUGGACACGAUUGUUGGUGAGAGGGCAACAAUGGGGGCCAACAUGCAUGUGGAUGACAGUGCUACAAUGGAGCAGCUGACCGGGCAGGAUGGUGUAUUCUGUCCUGGUGCCCUGCCGGGCAUGAAGGCGGAGGGCGCAGCCGGAGGCAAGGCACUUGCCGAUAUCUUGGUUGACGAAGCAGCCGAAAAUCCCAAGAAGAAGCAGAAGACUAAGAAGAAAGGAGAAGCCACAGAAACAGUCGAGCCCGCCACCAUCAAAGACCAGGCUGAGGACAUUGCAAAAGAGGUGCUCAAGAUGUCUGGGGAUGCUAGCAAGCUGUCUCUGAGUUUGCAGGGGCUUGAGAUGAGCGGGACGUUGUCAAAGGAUUUGGCAACAUUCUCAAAAGAGUGCGCGAAGAUGUUCACAGAAGUGCAGAAGAGGCUGCGCAAGAAGAAUCAAAAGAGGAAGGACCAAAAGGCUUUCCGUGAGUUUGUGGCUGUAUCGAAAGACAAGAUCGAAUGGUGGAAGAAAGCCGAGGUUGCGGGCAAGGCUUUCACCUCCGCCGCCAACAGAAAGAAGAAGGCCAAAGCGAAGCCAGUCAAAGACGGCAAAGAGGGAGCCGAAGCCAAAGCGUGA